AUGAUUAAUAAAUUGAAUAUUAAAAUAGAACCAACUUUUGAUUGCAGCAGUUCUAGACUUUAUGAUAAAGGAGAAAACAUCUAUAUCCCAUUAGAUGGGAAACUCACAACAGAUUAAUUUAUAUUUUUACCAAAUUAAGCAUUUACAUAAAUGGGGUUUAGUUAAUAAACUUUUUAUACAUUAAUUAAAGAAAGUUAUAAUAAUAGAGUCUUGAUAAUUAAAGUGAAUAACAUAUGGCCAAAUUUAGAUUAUGAAAUUAAGGAAGAUUUCAAAUAUUUAUAAUUGAUAACUUAAAAUAAACUUUUAAACAAAUAUUCCACAUUACCAACUUUCUUAUUCUAGUACCUUGAUAGAAUGAUAAUUAUACAUAAAUAAAUUGUAAGAGUUGAAAAUACAAUUAUGUUCAUUGCUGAUGGCAUCAUGUUUUAAAAUGGAAAACAAGUAAAUCAUUAUUUUGAAGGAGAAGCUCUUGCAAUCACAUAAUGUAGAUUAUAUGCUUUAAAAAAAUCAAGUAAUAAUAUUAUGAAUAUAAGGAUAUUCAAUAUUUGACUUUGUUUGGUGAAUAGGAUGUCAAAUUGAAUUUGCAUAAUAAUGAAUAUAUGCUUAAGUCUGCAGUUCUAUAAUUUGAUUCUCCAAAAUAUACUUAAACAAGUGUUAUCAAAGAUAUUAAAACUAUAAAAGAAUUAAUAAAAGGUGAAGAUUAUUCUUAAUUAAGAUAAAAAUUGAAUGAAAUUUUUGGUAAGAAAACUAGUGAUCCAUAAUAAUAAAUUACUAUCUAAUAGAUUUAAAAUUAAUAAUAAUAAUAAAAUAGUGUUAGAUAAAGAACUACAAGUAAUCAAGAUGAUACCAGUUAAUAAAAAAAGUAGAUAUUUCGUCGUAUUUAUGUUGCAAGAGAAAUAAAUAAAACUUAAAAAGAGCAACCAUCACUAGGAGAAAUCAAAAAAAUCAAUUACACACCGUUACGAAAUAGAUAGUCCCAUGUUAAAAUGAACAGUUCUAAUAUCAGACAGAGAAAUAUUGAUUAGAUAUAAUAAUAUUAGCAAUCUGAUGUCUAAUAAUAAUGUUUACCAAUUAUUAAAAGUUUUGUUAAUGUAGAAGAAUACUAAUAAUAAUUAGAGUAAAAGAAGAAAAAGAAAGAUCAAUGCUAGAAGAAACUGAUUUAAAAUAAGUUUAUUGAAUUUGAUAAAAUAUUGAAUUAAUUAAUAAAAUGA